ACCUCGCCUUCUGCUGUGCCUCCUCCCAGAGCCGAAGAAGCCCGGAACCGGUGGCGUCCAGCUCUGAAAGGAGGAGAGGGCAAACCAGCCGAGGACCAAAACUAGCAGCUGAUUUGGAUACCAUCAAGACACCUGAAACGUUAUCAUGAGCCAGAUGCCGAGGAAGAGAUUUUGGGAGGAACCCAAGGACCCCCUGGUUGCAGCCACAUCAAGACUGACAAUAAGGAAGACACCAGUCCCAGCAAGCAACACUCAUCAGGCACAGCAACCCAUGUGGGGCCAGAUCAAGAAGUCAACACAGAUGGUGGAAGAAAGUCUGAAGACAGUGGAACAACCAGUUACAAUGAGUAAUCUAACGGUAGCUAUGAUGGCUGUGCUCACCAUUACUGUGAGUAUUCCUCCAGUACCUGCCGAAACAAAAAACAGUUAUACUUAUUGGGCAUAUAUUCCUUUUCCACCACUUCUAUGGCCAGUAACAUGGUUAGACCUCCCAGUGGAGGUAUACACUAAUGAUAGCUUUUGGAUACCUGGUUCUACAGAUGAUAGAGGCCCAUCUCACCCCAAAGAGGAGGGAAUGAUUAUGAAUAUUUCCUUGGGAUUUGAGCAUUUAACUAUUUGCUUGGGAAAAGCCAACGGGUAUUUACCUCCCAGUCAUCAAUCUUGGCUGGCAAUAGUGCCUGAAUGUAACAUCUUCAUGGCAAAAUUACAUAUGCUUUCUGUUCUUAGUAUUUAUUGCAAUGAUUAUGCUCCUGUAACUGAAGUUUACUGCCCUCAAAAACCUGUCUGUAUAGUGGAUUGUAUAUGGUCAGAAAAAAUGAAGGGGUUUGCUUGGGAAGAUUGUAUUGCAGGGCAGGCAGAGUUGUUGUGUAAUGAUUCAUAUGGAGCCAUUAUUGAUUGGUCACAUAAAGGAGCAUUUAUGAGGCUCACCUCUCAAUCUGUAGGUAAUGGUCACCCUGAAUCUAAAGAAAAUGAUCAGAUGGUAGACACUAUAAGAAGUACAGCAAAAGUUCCUAUUAUUUGGACAUGUGGUAUAGUGGCACCUCAACCCCAAAUGAUGUGGCCUGCUGUAGGAGCUAAACAUAAAGAGUUGUGGAAAAUAUUAAUGGCACUGUAAAAGAUAAAGAUUUGGGAAGGGAAAUAUACUAAGCCAACCCAAUAUAAUCCUAAUUGCAUGUUAUAAUUGGCUCACAAUGAUUCAGUCUGGAUACAGAGUUGUGUCUGUCCUCCCUUUCUGCUUGUAGUGAGUGAUUUAAAACUUGAUCUCCCUAAUCAUCAUGUGACUUGUCAAAAAUGUAGAUUGUUUUCUUGUCUGAAUUCUUCCUUGUAUAAUGCUGAUCAUUCUCUCUUAGCAGUAAGAGCCCAAGAAGGAGUAUGGAUACCUGUAAAGAUUUCCCAUCCUUGAAAAGCCUCUCCUCCUGUGCAUAUGAUUACUGAAAUUCUUCAAAGAUUUUGAGGCACUCUCAGUGUUUCAUUGCUACUUUAAUUUUAAUCAUUACAGGAUUGAUUGCUGUCACAGCUACUGCCAUGGUAGCUGGAGUUGCUUUGCCAACACAGUACAAACAGCAGACUAUGUAAAUAAUUGGCAGAAAAAAUCUGCUUUGCUGUGGAAUUCCCAAACUAAUAUAGACCAGAAAUUAGCUAAUCAGACUAAUGAUCGCUGACAAACUAUCGUAUGGUUGAGAGAUUGUGUAGUUAGUUUAAAAUAUAGAAUGCAGUUACAAUGUGAUUGGAAUACUUCUGAGUUUUGUAUUACUCUUCACCUGUAUAAUGAAAUGGAGCAUGAGUGGGAAAUAGUUAAGAGACAUUUAAAGGGUCAUCCUGGAAAUUUAUCUUUGGAUAUUGCAAAACUGAAGGAACAUGUAUUUCAAGCCUCUCAGGCACAUCUGACGUUAAUGCCAGGAACUGAAGUGCUUGAAGGAGCUGCAGAUGUAUUAGCAGAUAUUAACCCAUUAAAAUGGGUCAAGACAAUUGGAGGCUCUGUGAUUUCAAUGAUGAUUGUGCCUUUAAUCUGUGUUGUUUGUCUUUGUGUAGUCUGCAGAUGCUGAUCCCAAAACCUGUGAGAAAGCCACUAUGACAAAGCUGUCUUUGCUUUUAUCACUUUGCAAAAACAGAAAGAGGGACAUGCUGGGAACACGCCUUAAGCCUGUCAUAAACAGGCCUUAAAGAAAUUGGCCAUAAACAGGAUUUUUGCAGCAAUGUGACGUGCUAGUGAUGGCUAUGACACAAACUGCUAGAAGUUGUUGGUUUACUGGAGCAGGGUAAGGAACACCUGGCCUGCCUGGGGAGGAAAACUGCUCAAACCACAAACAAUAACAUGAGAGGCCUGUGCCUUAACAACAUGUUUUUGCUGCAGAUAAUCAGCCAGAGACUCUCUCUGCUCCUCACUAAGAAUGCUUUGUUUUUGGUAAGGAAUACUUUUAGCUAAUCCAUAACCUAUAGAAGCAAUCCUUAUCACUGGCUUGUUGUCAAUAAACAUGUGGGUCAAACUCUG